UGUAAAUUAUGUGAGCAAAUAUGUCUUACUUAAUCUUAUAAAGAAAUUAUGUAACAUAGAUUGCUUCGAUACUAUAAAAUAGCAUAAUUUUGACUAGUUCGAAUUUACUAAAUAAUAUGAUACCACAAAUUAUAAUAUGAGAUUAGUUAAUAUUAAACACUUAACUAUUAUUUUUAUUUUCAUCUUGACAUAGUCACAUGUAUCAUACAUUACAUACAAAAUGAAUAUAUCAAACUGAGGUAAAACUCGAUUCGACUUAGCUCGUUAAUAAAUAAUCCAAGCUCAAACUCCGCUCAUUCAUUAACAAGCCGAGUUCAAACUGAGGUAAAACUCGGCUGGACUCUGCUCGGCUCACUAAUCAGGACCGGGCCAAUACAAUACAGAAAAGCAAAAGCCCAUCGGCAACAACCCCAAAUCAGAAACUUGAGCGGAGAAAGUAGCAACUCAAGACCGCCUUCUGCGACUGUUGCUGACGGGAAAGCAAAGAAGGAAGGAAGCAAGCAAGGGAAAAUGGCGUACUUGAGCAUGGGAGAAUCACACAGAAGAAUCACCGACUACCUCAAUAGGUUCGUCGACGCUAUCAACUACCAGGACGGUGAUUCUCUGGCUCGGCUGUUCUCUGUCUCAUCCGACACCCCCUCUCUCCUCUCGCUCGCUGACGCUCUCAACGUCUUCCAGGAUGCUAAUAGACUGAUAAAGCAAUCGGAGAAAUUCUCGCAAUUUGGGGAAGUAGUUGCUCCUUUCUUUCGUUCACUGCAAAGCUAUCGACUUGGCAACUUGGUUGAUGCUUACAGAGCAUUUGAGAAAGCUUCCAAUGCCUUUAUACAGGAGUUCCGGAACUGGGAAUCGGGUUGGGCGUUGGAGGCACUGUAUGUCAUUGCUUAUGAGAUAAGGGUUCUUGCGGAGAGGGUAGAUAGAGAGCUGGCUUCAAAUGGAAAAUCGCCGGAGAAAUUGAAGGGAGCGGGGUCAUUCCUCAUGAAAGUGUUCGGUGUUCUUGCUGGGAAAGGCCCGAAGCGUGUAGGAGCACUGUAUGUAACUUGUCAGUUGUUCAAAAUAUACUUUAAGCUUGGCACAGUUCAUCUUUGUCGUAGUGUGAUAAGAAGUAUUGAAACUGCCCGAAUAUUUGAUUUUGAGGAAUUCCCGACGAGGGAUAAGGUCACUUACAUGUACUACACUGGCCGUCUGGAAGUUCUCAAUGAAAAUUUCCCAGCUGCAGAUCAAAAGCUGUCCUAUGCCUUAACACAUUGCAGUCUCAACAAAGAAGCAAAUAUAAGAAUGAUACUGAAAUACUUGAUACCAGUGAAGCUUUCAAUAGGCAUUUUACCAAAGAAACAGCUCCUUGAAAACUAUAACUUAGUUGAGUACAACAAUAUUGUGGAAGCCCUAAAGAGAGGUGAUCUCCGACUGCUUCGAAGUGCUCUCCAAGAGAAUGAAGAUCAGUUUCUACGAUCAGGAGUUUAUCUUGUCCUAGAGAAGCUAGAGCUUCAAGUUUAUCAAAGAUUACUAAAGAAAAUCUACAUCAUCCAAAAGCUAAAGGACCCCAGCAAAGCUCACCAAAUGAAGUUGGAAGUGAUUGUUAAAGCAUUAAAAUGGCUCGAGAUUGAAAUGGACGUGGACGAGGUGGAGUGCAUAGUGGCAAUUUUGAUAUACAAGAACCUUAUGAAAGGUUACUUUGCCCACAAGAGCAAGGUUGUAGUGCUGAGCAAGCAAGAUCCUUUUCCCAAAUUAAACGGAAAGCCGGUUGCUACUUAGGGAGUGAUUCAAGGCCCUUUUUGGCGGCAGUAGAAAUUCUUUAGUUCUGAAUGUAGUGCUAUACGCAUCUUACUUUGAUUCGCCUUACUGAGAGUGUCGAGAAUCAAGAAAGCUGCAUAGCAAUGUACUGUCGUGUGCCAAAUAUAUGUUGUCUACUAUAUCUAAUCCAAUUUUGAUGUUCAGCUUUCUCUUGUUCACAAAAUUUCGUUCCUAUUUUCGUAGCCUCCUGUCAAGUAACAUUUCCUCUUCUUUCACAAUCAAACAAGGUUUGAAUGUUAAUAAUUUGAUAACGAUUAACGACAACAUGAGCUUGCUCAUUCAAGAAAAAAGCUGCAAACUUGCUAAUCAAGGAAUGAAGAUCAUAUAGUGAAGUCCCAACUCCUGGCACACAUGCGAAGGAAACCUGGUGAGAUGCUAGAAUCUCAAAGCUUGGAGCCUAGAUGGGCUGAGUGGCCAUCUCCGAGAGAUAACACGUAAAGAGCGAGACGGCAUCUUGCAGAUGGUUCGAGCAAAGAUCUUCAGGGACGGGAGCUGUAAGAACAGUCUCAAAGCAGCUCAACUGGGCAUCCCGUGAUUCUCCCCAACUACUUAUUGAUAGCAGCAACUCAGAUAUUUCCUCAGCCAUCUUUGAGUACGCAAUCCUGCACCCACAUCCAUACCCGUAAUGAAUAACAACCAGGAAUCCAUACAAAAUACAAGAUGAACCCCUCC